GGUUCAGUGACCUUCCCUUUGCAAUGAAUAACCAAAAAUCGAAUGAAAGUCUGGCUUUGCGCCCCCAUCUCGUCAGUCUGCGUUGUCCGGAACGUUUUGUGAAAACAAGGAAAAGAUGAAAGCAUUUAUGGUUCUGUUUUCUAUCAUCCAUAUGAACCAUUGUAUUGACCUGAAAGGACUCUAUGGGGAUUUUGCUUCUCCUGGGUUUCCAAACCCAUACCCAAAUAACAUCAAACGUACAUGGGAUAUUUUAGUUCCACCUGGCCAUAGGAUCCGGCUGUACUUCACCCAUUUUGAUCUGGAGCCCUCCCAUUUUUGUGAAUACGACUAUGUGCAGAUUCUUUCAGGAACUAAUGAGACUGCCAGGUUCUGUGGCCAAAGCGGCAUCGAUAUCGAAGAAGUCCCCAGAAAUGAGCCGCUCUACUCUGCAGCCAACAGCAUGACCGUUGUGUUUAGAUCUGACUACUCCAAUGAGAAGCGAUUCACUGGAUUUAGAGCAUUUUAUGCAGCUGAAGAUAUCAACGAGUGUCAAAUGAUGGUUGAUGGCGAGCCUAUAUGUGAUCACAAUUGCCAUAAUUACGUGGGUGGUUAUUACUGCUCUUGUAAAAUGGGAUAUUUUCUUCAUUCUAACAAAAGAACUUGUACUGUCAACUGCAGUACUCAGCUGUUUACUGAACGCUCAGGAGAGCUAAUGAGCCCAGAAUUCCCAGCACCAUACCCUAAAUUGUCAACUUGUGAGUACCGUAUACGAGUGGAGGAGGGCUUCACUAUUCUCCUGGAGUUUGUGGAAUCUUUUGAUGUAGAAACGCAUCCAGAGGUCAGAUGUCCCUAUGAUAUUCUCAUGAUUAAAACACAAAAACAGGAUCAUGGGCCUUUCUGUGGGGCAACCCUGCCAGCCAAAAUAAACACCAACAGCUAUGAAGUGGACAUCACAUUUAAAACAGAUGGGUCAGGAUCAAACACAGGGUGGAAAAUUAAAUACACCACCACAGCUAUGCCUUGUCCAGAUCCAGUAGCACCUGCUCAUGGACGCCUCUCACCCAAGCAAGCAAAAUAUAUCUUUAAAGAUCGCUUUGUACUGACCUGUGAUCGUGGCUAUGAGCUCCUCUGGGGAAACCAAGAGAUCCCAUCUUUUGAAGCUGUUUGUCAGAAAAAUGGCACAUGGGACAAACCAAUGCCAAAGUGUAGCUUGGUCGACUGUACCCAGCCUGAUGACAUUGCCAACGGCAGGCCAGUGUUCACUACUACUGUUUACCAGUCUGUGGUGCAGUACAGCUGUAACACUCCUUUCUACGUGAUGGAAGGCCCUGGAGAUGGAAAGUAUACCUGUGAUGACGAUGGUUACUGGAAAAAUGUCAAUGGCCGCAAAGUACUUCCAGUGUGCAUCCCUUCUUGUGGCCAGCCAAUGAGUGGAAAACUUGCUCGGAUUAUAGGAGGCGCUAAGGCACAAAAGAAUGAACUUCCAUGGCAAGUGCUAGUGAUGGUGGGGCCUGAUUUCAAAGGAGGUGCAGCUCUUCUUCACGAUAACUGGGUUCUGACAGCUGCACACGUGCUACAAGAUUAUUUAGACGUAUCCAAUGUUCAAGUGAAAAUGGGCUUAAUUAACAGAUUUGAUGAUACUGACGUAGUAGUAAGAAGAGCAGAAAAAAUAUUCAUUCAUGAAAAAUACAAAGGUGAUAAUGUUAAUUAUGACCAUGACAUUGCUAUGAUCAGACUGAAAAGCAGUGUACCAAUCUCAGAAAGCACCAUGCCUAUCUGCUUGCCAGGAAAGCAGGAAAGAUUUAUUCUCAAGGCUGAAGAAAUGGGAAUAGUGUCUGGCUGGGGAGUGACACGCGAAUCAGGAUUAGGUAGAGGUUCUGCUUCUCUCCGCUAUGUGGAAUUACCAGUAGUGGAUUUUGAAAAAUGCAAGGAAGCUUAUAAAGGCAAGGUGUCCGCUGACAAAGAACCGCUCACCAUCACUGAGAACAUGGUAUGUGCAGGGCUGCCACAAGGAGGGAAGGAUUCUUGUUCAGGAGAUAGUGGAGGGCCUUUUGUUUUUUAUGAUGAGGAAGACAAGAAAUGGUUUAUCGGUGGCAUUGUCUCCUGGGGAUUAGAAUGCGCCAAAGCUGGCCAAUAUGGUUUGUACACUAAAGUCACCAACUACCUCUCAUGGAUUGAUGAUAUCAUUUUCAAAAAUAAGUGAAGUAACAGAUCAGUCUUUGAGAUAAAAAAAUGCAGUGACAUUUUGAUUCAAGGAAUACGUGUUGACUAAUGUUGAACAAGGAGUGUACCUUUUAUUUUAUAAUCACCUUUUUCUUUCUGAAUUGACUGUAGUAACAAUGGAGGUAUAAUAACAGACAAAUCAAAUGCUUGUUUUUAAUGUUUAACAACAAAUAAAAAGAUAUUUAUACAUA